AUGAAUACUUUAACUUAUUUUAUACUUCCUUCAAAUAUAUUUGGAGCUGAUUUUCUUUUCAAAGGAUGUUGUACUCGUGAAUCGUACCGCGAUUACCCGCUUCCUAAUGGUUCGGUUCAAAUAGUUGGUCGGUCAAGUGAGGACAUCUUUCUGUGUUCACGGUUCACAAUUUUAUUGCUACCUGAACCGAAUCACCCAUUAACACCCAUACCUCCUAAAAACCAACACCUUCGCUCCGACAAGAAAACAUCUCAAGGCAAGUCUCCAAGUAGUCUUCUCAUAUCUGCGCAUCCCUGCUCGCCGCCGUUAGCCAUCUCCUCGCCGGAGACCGUCGCAGCCCAUAGCAACACCGGAGCUGUCGAUUUUCCUUCGACCCCACAGCUAAGCUAA